AUGAACUUUGAAGAACUAUGUAUUAUUAUUAUUAUUAUUAUUAUCUUCCUUGUCCAAAAGAAAAUUUUAAUUAAACAAAUGAAAAAAUCUAAAAAAAUAAUCAUAUCUCGAUCAAGUGAUUAUUCAGGUGGUGGUUUUGGUUUUACACUUCGUCAUUUUGUUAUUUAUCCACCAUCAGUUUCUAUUAAUGACAUACUCCAGAUCUAA